UUAAAGAAGAAGAAGCAGCACAACAAACCACCCAAAUGAACGUCAGGAAGUGAUUAGUUCUCGAGUUUUAAUUACAUCUCUUGAUAUUAAAUAGAUGACGCACCCCCGAAAUGUAUAAUGCGACCUAAUAUGUUGUUGUUACUUACCUGGUUUAGGAGGACCGACGUGUUUUUAACCUGGGAAACUUACAUUUACUGACAAGAUCUGAUUAAGAUAAGACAGCUAUGGCACAGAACUGCCUUCCUGGCAUGGAAACAUCAGCUGUGUCUGUACUGAAGAGAGCUGUAGAGCUUGAUCAGAGCUCACGCUUUCAGGAGUCUCUUGUGUGCUACCAGGAGGGCAUUCAGCUACUUCUAGACGUACUGAAAGCGAUAAAGGAUGAAUCCAAAAAGGUUCACUACAGAGAAAAGAUCAAGGGUUACAUGGAUCGAGCUGAACAGAUAAAAGAGCACCUAAACAAAGUGAAAGAAGAAGGGAAAUACCAUGAGCAAAUUAAAAUCGCUGACAGCGCCACAGGUUUCAGCUAUGAGGCGCUUUUCAAGCCGUACAUUAGGGAAGGACUCACUGAAGUCUGGGUUGAGGACCCUUAUAUCCGCCAUGUACACCAGCUGUAUAACUUCCUGCGUUUCUGUGAAAUGCUGCUGAAGGCCAAGUGUAAUGUAAAGAAGAUUAAUCUCCUGACCUCACAAGAUGAAGAGAGCUCCUCCCAGCAAGAGAGUGCACUAGCAGAAAUCCGUCAGUCCUUACAGAGUCAGGACGUUUGUCUGGACAUUAAAUACUCCUCGACUAUUCAUGACAGGGAGAUCAGAUUCGAUAAUGGUUGGAUUAUCAAGAUUGGCAGAGGGCUUGAUUAUUUCAAGAAAUCUAAGGGUCGUUUCUCCAUCGGCUACUGCGAUUAUGACUUGAGAGAAUGUCAUGAGACGACAGUGGAUAUCUUCCAUACAAAGCACACCAAAAAGACAUGACCGAAAAAAAGCUAUUCAUAUUUGGUGUAUUCACGUUAUUCUACUAUGCACUGCUUGGACUAGUGGGUUUAUUCUGGUUUACUGUUUUUAACUCCGUUAUGAUUUCUAAAUUAAUAUGAGAGCUGUGCACCAAGUGCCUAAUAUAUUAGCAUGCAUGUUGCCGGCCAUCAGACUGACCAUGCUGUGCAAAAAUAUGCUUAUCUCUUUUAAACAGUGUCAAUACUGCUGCUUGGUGUAAAGGCCACUUUGAUUAACAGGAGAGUUGGAUGGACAUGGCCUUGCUGCAGUCUGGUGUAAAGAUGGGUUUAAAAGGAGUUGGGAAUGGUGUCUAAUGAUAUGUAAUAGAUAAGGAUUCAGACUGUUUUAAUUAUUAUUAAAUAUUCUAUAACUCUGUUAUAUGUUCUAUAAUUCUGUUAUAUGCCUAGAACUGCAAUUUUCCAUUUCUGUUGAUAAUUAUCAACAUUUCUGAAAGUACUUUUAUAAUUGAUUUAUAAUUGAUUC